AUGGCCGAUGGCAAUGCACCGGUUGAGAGAAGGCAAAGAGAAGCCAGCUCUAGUCGUGGCCCUGUCGGAGACACAGUCUCGCCUCUCGCCGAGUUUAUGGAAGAAAUGAGAGAAUUCAAAGCCAGUAUGGCCUCCGAGAUGGCAUCCGUGCGUGGCGAAAUAAAUAAUUUCACCUCUACAUUUAACGACUCUACUUUUGACGACGAGCUUCGCCUGGACAUUGACGAAGGACAAGGUAGCGACUCGGAAACUGUGUCUACAUGUCUGGACACUAAAGUUGAACGUCUCCUUAAGGAAACCAGCAAGACGACAAGUAGCGAGGAUUUGACGACAAAUUCAGAUAGCCUCCUUACAACUAUAGCACAAGAGCUCGAUGUUAGUGAACAGAUGGGCGCCGCUGUUCAAGAGCGUCUUGCCUCCAUAGUCGAGGGCCUUUUGAGCACGAAAUUAUCCGAUGAGAAAUGGCGAGAGAAAGUUGGGAAGUAUCCCCGACCCCAAAACUUAGAAAAUCUAAGAACUCCCAGA